AUGGGAACAGAUGUCCAGACUGAAACCAUUGACAGCAUUUCAGAGGUUAACAUGGACUUUACAAUGACUUUUUAUCUCAGGCACUACUGGAAAGAUGAAAGGCUCUCCUUUCCUAGUAUAACCAACAAAAGCAUGACUUUUGAUCAUAGAUUGAUCAAAAAGAUUUGGGUGCCUGUUAUCUUUUUUGUUCAUUCUAAAAGAUCCUUCAUCCAUGAUACAACUGUGAAGAAUGUCAUGCUGCACACACACCCUGAUAGAAACGUCCUCUUCAGUCUCAGGAUAACUGUUUCAGCCAUGUGCUUUAUGGGUUUCAGCAGGUUUCCUCUUGACACUCCGAACUGUUCCCUUGAACUGGAAAGCUAUGCCUGCAAUGAAGAGGAUCUCAUGCUGUACUGGAAACGUGGAAACAGGUCCUUAAACACUGAUGAGCAUAUCUCCCUUUCUCAGUUCUUCAUCGAGGAGUUCAGUGCAUCCAGUGGAUUUGUCUUCUACAGCAGCGCAGGUUGGUACAACAGGCUUUUCAUCAACUUUGUGCUAAGGAGGCAUAUUUUCUUCUUUGUGCUGCAAACGUAUUUCGUGGCUACGAUGAUGGUAAUAGUUUCCUGGGUUUCAUUUUGGAUUGACCAGAGAGCUGUUCCUGCAAGAGUUUUGCUGGGAAUCACCACAGUGCUGACCAUGUCCACGAUUAUCUCGGGCAUGAGUGCCUCCAUGCCACAGGUGUCCUACAUCAAGGCCGUGGACGUGUACCUGGCGUCAGUCAUUGAGUACGCAGCUGUGAACUACCUCACCACAGUGGGAAAAUGGAAACAGUUCAGGAAGUCCCGAAAGGUACUGCCUUGCCUUGGUGAUCACACCCCUUUAAGAAUGUGA